GCAGGAUUUGUUUACACUCCUCAUAGCAUUAUUGCAACAGAAUGGCACCUAACAGUUUAGCCACUGAGUACAAGGAAGCCAGGCUGACUGCUGCAGAGAAAAAUAAGCUAAGGAAGCCAAUGGUAGAAAAAAUGAGACGUGAUCGGAUCAACAGUUGUAUUGAGCAGUUAAAGGUUCUGCUGGAGAAGGAGUUUGAGAAACACCAGGGCAGUUCAAAACUGGAGAAAGCGGACGUCCUAGAAAUGACUGUGAGCUACCUGAGACAGCAUCAACAGCUCCAGCUAAGAAGUGUGCAGUCAUUCCAAAAGAGCCCCCAGCAGGAUUAUAUGGAAGGCUAUUCCAGCUGUUUACAGGAGACCCUUCGUUUUCUCCCCAUCCAGGAAUCUAAAAGGGGAAUGCUGCUCAAAAUGGUGAACCACUUCUACUGUGCUCCAGCUGUAGCCAAGAGUUCAGACCCACCCAUGUUAUCUCCAUCUCCAGAGACUUCUCAACCCUCACUGAAGCAAAUUGUUCCAAACAGCUCCAUCUCUCUCUGGAGACCUUGGUAGAUAAGAAGGACUUUAUGGACAAUCUAUAGUGAACCAGAGGAAGGUGUGACUUUAGAAAAUGGUCCAUUAUUCCUCUUCCGAGUAGGAAAAAAUUGUUUUCCCUUUUUAUAAAUACAUUUUAUAUAAAUGUUUUGAGUAAAUUUCCUUCCUACAGAAGGGGACUGUAAGCACCACUUGCUGAAUACUAUUCUUAUAGAAUAUUGUGGUAGCAGUGCCAUUGUAAAUGGCAUCUCCAGUACUUGUAAACCAGUGACAGUAAUUGUCAUUUGACUGACUUAAUGGAGGUGGCUUAGAGAACUUUUAAAAUUAGCUGUUCCUCCAAGGUGACAUAGUUUAUAUAAGUUCCUAGUUGAAAAAAAGAUAUAAUGUAAACAAUCUUUUUUGCUUGCUUAAAAUCAAAUUGAUCUACAUAAUUCUCAGUAGAUUUUGUGCAAGUUAUAAUAUAACUGUAUGUUUUACUGUGUAAGUAGUUUUCCACUGACUCAAACAUUUCUUAUAAUAUUACAUAAGAAAGCACAGUGCCUUCUGUGAAGGAAUCAACCCAUACUGCAUCCUGAUUGCUGGAACAAUUCAUUUUUGUUCUUUGUUUUGCGUGCCUUGUUUUUUUCUGAAGUAGUAACAUUUGGUAGUCAGACUAUGUGUUUUCUCACACAGUGCUGAACAUUAAAAGGUUGAGGCUACAAACUACUAACAUUAUGUUAUAUGCCAUGGUUUGUUUCUUCACUUUCCACUUGUAUAUUAUGUGACUCUAAGCAACUCCCUUCAGUAGAUGUUUACAUCUGCUGAGUCUUACCUUGUUAGCAGCCUGUAAAUAAUAAAUAUUACUGAUUUUAUGAAUGUAUUCCUAAUUAUCAGACUGCAGUGCUGUUUGAUAACAUAUUAUCUUUUUUUUGUAAUCCAUACUGGAGAAAAUAUAAUGCCUGCAAGGCCAACCUGAAUGUAUAAACUAUGUUUAACGUUCCUUUGUUGUUGUACUAAACUAUGUUUAAUACUCUCAUAUUAUAGCAUCUUGGAGAUGUUUGAAUUUUACUUGAAUCAAGUAUCUGUUUCAUUCUGAAUAGGCAAAGAAACAAUGAUUACCAUUGUGAAAGUGAAAUUUUCUUUACAUUUUAAUAAAUGUACUCAUUCUUUUUAAAGAGAA